AGAACUCUCCCUUACCUCAGGUUGUUAAAGCUUGAUCUGAGUAUUCAGAAACACCAGCCAAGAUGCAGAAUGAAGAGGGACAAAAUGUGGAUCUUUACAUCCCCAGGAAAUGCUCUGCUACCAACAGGGUGAUCACUUCAAAGGAUCAUGCUUCUGUUCAACUUAAUGUUGGGCAUUUGGAUGAUAAGGGAUUGUAUAUCCCUGGCAGUUUCACCACCUUUGCUCUUUGUGGUUUCAUCUGUGCUCAGGGUGAUGCUGACAGCGCAUUGGAUCGCCUCUGGCAGAAGAAGAAAGUUGAAGCUAGGCAACAGUAGAAAAAUAGAUUUGCAUAUUGAGAUUAUUAUCUUAUGGUGGAGGAUAUUGGAUAACU